AUGGGAGAUAUUGCGCCGCUAGUAAAGGACAAGAUCAAUGUAGCAAUUGCCGGGGGCGGCAUCGCCGGCCUCGCGCUGGCGGUCGGGCUGGUGAAGCAACCGCACGUCGAGGUCCGGGUCUAUGAGUCGGUGCCGCAGUACCGGGACGUGGGCGCCGGGCUGGCCCUGCACCUCAAUGCUAUCAAGGCCAUGACCCUCAUCGGCCCGGAGCUCCGCGGCGCCUACUUUGACAAGGCGCACGUCAUGGCCGCCGACCAGGACACGGAGAUGGCGACCGAGGUCAUCCUGGCCCACGGCGAGAGCAAGGGGACCCGCGUGGCCGAGCUCGGGCGGGCAAAGGGCCGCAUGAGCAUUGCCAGGUCGGAUCUCUUGGAUGGUUUCUGGAGCCUGCUGCCCCAGGAGACCGUCGUCUUUGGCAAGAAGCUGGCUGCUAUUGCAGAGAAGCAGGUGGCGGGCGAAGAGGGGCAUGGUCAGCGGGAUAUGGUUGAGAUUACCUUUACUGAUGGAACCAAGGCCGAGGCCGACGUGCUCAUUGGUGCCGAUGGCGUACACAGUCUCACACGGAGCCAUUUGCUUGGCGCGGACCAUCCGGCCACGGCUCCAAAGAACCAUGACAAUUGGGUGGUUUACCGAACCAUGGUCUCAAUGGACGAGGCAAGGCGUUGCAUUGACGAAAAGUGGUGCGGAAUGGGCGUGCCGAUCCUCCUGGGACCCCGAGGCCACGUCAACAUCAUCCCUCUGAACAAGGGGACAAGGCUGAGCGCCGGCGUGGCAGUCCGCGGCGCAUCGAAUCCGGAUCUGGUCGCGGCGCCAUCGUCCGAGGCCACGGCCGGCGACAGAGAGGCCGGCGCCGGCGCCGAGCAGAAGAAACUCGAUCCGGAAAACUAUGACGACUACACCGAGGAGGCCCAAAAGAUAAUCCGCAUGGUGGCGCGCGACACGAGCGCCUCGUGGAAGCCGGCCGACCACGACCACGCCCCAUUUUACGCCCGGGGCCCGGUGGCCAUGAUUGGCGACGCCGCGCACGCCUCUUUGCCGUUUGCUGGCAACGGGGCCGCGCAGGCCCUCGAGGACGCGGCCGUCUUGGUCGCCCUGUUUGCGCGGCUCCAAGAACUGCAGCACCAGCAUAAUCAACGGUUACAACAACAACAACAACAACGAACUUCCUCGGCGAAUGCCAACGAGACAUCGCGUUCGUCCUCGGCGCAGCAGGACAGUUGGGACGCCCCGGCCGCCAUCUGCACCGCGCUGCGCGCCUACGACGUGGUGCGGCGGCAGCGGAGCCAGCACGUCGUGGACCUGGCGCGCCAGUUUGGCCGCGUCUACGCCUACGUCGAGGACGACGGCCGCAUGCACGCCAGCCCCGAGCGCAUGAGGGCCUUUUUCGCCGACAUGAGCAGCUUCACCAAUGACUUUGACGUGGCGGGCCAGAACCGCGAGGCCGUGGAGCUGCUGGAUAUGUUGCUCUGGCAGGACGCCGACGACGAUCAUGAUAUUGCUGUUGUAAAGGACAGAAAGAGGGCGGAAAAGGUAAAUGGUGUCAAUGGGCAUUAA